UAACUCAAGCGUGCUGGCCACUGUGAGUGAUACCGUCGUCGCGUGUGGUAGUGUGAUCAUUAGCGUGUUGCUUCCACCAGCCAACGCGACCCGCGACUUUUAGACUCAAACUCCUGGUGCCUCUCACUGGAGGCUCCAGGACACAGACAGCAAAGUGAAGAGGACACGUACACCUCGGAGAUCAACGAGACGAUGGGUCGAGGGAUCAACAAGCCUGAGAGGGAGUAGAGCGUCACUGUUUAACGUCGCCUUCACCUGGAUAUAGCCAAUAUCGCAGCCGCCUCACCUCACACUAUCUACACGCGAAGACUGGAAUGCCCAACCGGAAACCCAUUACCCAAUGGCGUGAACAAAAGAGCAUCAACAACAUAAAAGAUUCCUCAGUUGGUAGAUUCUCGCUGGCGCAUUCAGUUGUUAUUAAAGAGUGAGAGACUUCCCUGCCGACACCAUGAAGGAGCAGGGCGUUGGUCGUCUGCUGUCUCAAGAAUUGCUGCUGUUGUUCUUAUUGCUGAUGUUCCUCCUCCCUGGCACCCUGCAGCAGGAAGCGAGCAACCAGUUAACAUGCAAGUGUCAGGAGAAGAGGCCGAAGGCGAUGCAGGUGCCUUUUCCCGACGAUGCCUUCAAGGUUUCUAAGGGGGGUGAGAUCAACUGUUGUGUGGAAUGGUUCCUUGGAUACUCAGACCCCGAUGCCACUGUCACCUGGAAGUUCAAGGGAAAGACUUACCCAUGGCAGGAGACCAGCUCGUUCCAGAAGCAUUCCUGUGGGAAGGAGGCCUUAGAAUCAUUUAAAAUUAAACGCUCUGACGAAGGCAACUACACCUGCACCGUCACCUCUUCCAACGGCACCAUUGUCACCAAAACUAUGGAGUUGGUUGUUGAGCGAAUCCCAGAGGUCCGCGAUAAACCCCUGAAACCGCAGACGUCCGGGAAUGUGACGAACACAGUUGGUUCGAAGGUGAGCUUCUUCUGUGAGGCCUUUGUUGGUAUCCAAGCUGAUGGGGGGUUACCACCAAAGGUCACCUGGACUAAACUGCUCCCCAACGGCACCGUCUACACCUUUGCGAAAAUGCUGCCCAAUGUCACCUGCUCUCAGGUCUAUGAAGAGACUGGGACGUUGAAGGGGUACAUGAAUAUCAGUUUCGUGGAGAAGGUACACUUCGGCACCUACAACUGCUCCAUCACCACCCUCCACAGCGCAGUGCUUCUCAGUGUUGUACUCAUCAAUGGAGUACCGGAGAUGGACCUCUUGAUGCAGCAGUACAAGUUGGCAGUAGUGACGACGGUGUCCAUCGCAGCAUUGCUGGCAGUAGUGUCGUGUAUAUUGUACCGCGUGAGGCUCCAGCUGUCGCUUUACUGCUGCCAAAGAAACGCCGUCGCCAAGAUCAAAGAUGGGUACCAGUACGAUGUGAUGGUGAUUCAUGGAGACUCAGCUUCCCGCUGGGUGUGGACGGUGCUGCUGCCAGCGCUGGGGGACACCUACGGCUACACCUGCUUCCUUCCGCAGCGGGACAUGUGCGGCGGCGACCAUGUGGGUGACUCCAUCCUGAACGCCAUCUCGCGGUGUCGUCGUAUGGUGGUUGUGGUGACGCCUUGUCUACUGACCAGCCCCUGGGCCACCUGGGCCACCUACAGUGGCAUCCACGCUGCUCUCACCACCCCCGCACGCAUCCUCGCUCUCCUGCUUCAGGAGGUGAGUGUACAGGGUGGACCACCAACCAAUAAUUCCUGGCUUGGGAUUCUGAAGGUGGUGGUGAAGGUGCGAGUGCCAUCUGUGUGUGGCUGGCAGUUGGUAGAGGAACAGGAGAACCAGCUGGACGAGGAAUACUUCAAGUUGGAGAGGAAAAACACUAACCCUUCUGAGAUGAAGCUGACCAUUCCUGAGAUUAAAAUUGAAACAGCAUGGUCGAGUUCCCCGAAGAGCCAGCGACUGUCGAACAUGAUCACUGGAAGCAAUGCAGCCUCCAGGGAGGAUUUGGAGGACGACAAGGACAAGAAGAUAGAGACAAGAGACCCCGUCAUUUACUCGGAAGAAUACGGAAUGCAGGACCCCGGAUCUCCGUGUUCCAUAACUCCUUUCAUCCUACCCUCCUGCAACAAGGACACCCGUCAAGGCAUGGUGUGUCAGUCUUUGUGCAGGUGUAUGCAAGUUGUGUGUGUAGGAGACCCUAAAAAGCUGUUCUGGCAGACUGUUCGUCUCCGCCUGGGUCCACCAGCCCUCCGUAAUACUGAGAACAAACCCACAUACUAUAAGGCUUAAUGGAACUUGCGCUGGCCUCUGGAUGUACAACUUAUCGGAGGUGUAACAGGGAACUGAGAGUUUAUAAAUGAUCAAGUGCUUUUAUGAAGAAACUUCCUUCCUGGGAUAAUCUUGUGUCAUAAAGUUUGAAAAUAAUAUUUUUUCCAUUAUAAGAAUAUCGCAGGUGCUUCAGUUCGUUCUUUGUCGUGUAACUAAACUCCAUUAAACGUGUUGGUUUAAAGAGUAAAAAAAAUCGUGACUUACACGUGACGCAGAAAAAGAAGGUAUGAUGAUUUUCAUUGCUACCGGGAAAACAAAGAAAACUGUCCAACAAAGGUGGGAGCGAAGCAUAAAAUGAUAUUGUCACUGCUAGCGAGAAGAAGGGAAGGAUUUAGUUCACACGUUGGAGGAAAGAUGAACACACGAGUAAAUUGUACUUUAUCGUGAUGGUUCCUAAAUCAACUGCAAGUGCUGUGAUAUGAUAGAGGAGGUGUGGCGUUAAGAGAGAGUGUGAUACUGAAGUUGUAAUACACUAAAGCAUGAAUUUUAACAUAAAUAGACUUAAAUUGUACACAUAUUACUAAGUUUUACGUGUUUAGUGGACAUUAGAUAGUUAGCAAGACUUAUAUCACACUAUCAUAAAAACAAAAGUGUUGGUAGUGGCGUGUUUGGUAAUGUCUAUAAUUAAAUGACAAAUCAAAUAGGCAAAUGUUUAUCUUUAACUAGUGUUAGCAAGUUAUCGUUUAUGGCUAGCGGCUAGUGUGACUAAUGUCGAUCUAGUCUUAAACAAAAAAAAAAUUAUAUGUAUGCUUUCGUGGACUUAUUUGUGCAAUUUAUCUUACGGGUCUCGGAAAAAAUUUUGGUGAGGAGAUUCGACUUUUGUUUCCUGGAGGUUUCAUUCUUGUCUUGUUCCGCCCUGUGUACAGUCUCUCCCCCUCAACCUACGAACCCCGAAAUUCAGACACUUGAAUCCGAAGCAUUUAUGGACAGAAUAAUGUAUCAGCGUAGUGCUUUGGGUUUUCGAGUCUGAAUCUUGGGGUUCGUGGUUCAGAGGGAGAGGCGAACGAACUUUAGUAGUUGACUGUACGUUCCAGUUUUAUCUACAUACUGUAACCAAUGUGAAACCUACGAGCGGGCUUAGUAAGUCUGUGUAAGUACAAAGGGCAUAAGAAGUGUGUGUAUGUGCGUAGCUUCACUGUGAUAAUUCAGUGAAAUUACUGAGUGCCCAGAAUGAAUAGCGAAUUUACUUACUGAGAUAAAAGAGAAACAUUAUCAAGUGCUGAGAGAAGAGGAAGCAGUAUUGUUAUUGACCGGUUAAGAUACAUUAGUGAGGUAAUAGAGUGUCGAAACAAACGCAUUGAGAGUGUGUGUGUGUGUGUGUGAUUCUCAACUAAUAGAACCUUGUUGACGCUCGUGCAGGGUUCAUUUUGAGUACACGUGUUGAUGUACCCGGCGUUAUUGCCACAGGUGGAAACAAAGGCGCACCAACGCCUCAGUCGUCAACACGAAGUCACGAUGGUAAAACUCAGUAAACUUCCUGAAUGACGGAAUUAUCUAUUCAUCUGUAUUAUUUAUUGUCCACACUCUCUUGAAAGUAAUUAAAAAAAACAUAUAUAAGUACAAAAAUAAGUUUGGUGUAAUUUGUUUCGUUAUAUAGGAAUCUUAAACAAUUUAAACCACAUUAUGUUCCCUUAACAAGGAUGUCUUUUUGUUUGUUCACUGAAUCCACUGUAAUGUUUAUUUAUUGAGGUAUAUAUUAUGACAAUAUACAUAAAUUUGGUAGGAGAAUUGUACACGUUUAGCGUCUCUGGGUAAGUUUCCUGUUUGUUUACAGUAUUCGGCCUUUUCAAAAUGUAUACAUAUUUUUUUUUCCAUUCAUUGAAUACUGAUUUACUCUAAUAGCUUAGAGCUUUGAUCAUAUGGCAAUACAAGCGAUAAUUUUACGAUUUAGUGUGGGAGCCUCUUGUUCCCACAGGUAUUAACGAACCAGUUGAAAUCGAAAGUAUAUAUUUUUUCCUCUUUAUACCUUAAGCUCAAGUCCCUUAUCAUAAGAAAACACUAUUGAAAGCAGUAAGCGGACAAACCCUUCGCCUGGCGUACCUUCCAUAUCUAUAUUUUUGCCUUAUGGACGAGAAAGCCAGAUGUUACUGAUUGCUCAUACUGGUACUGGUUUCAGAUCCAAGAUACCUCACCCCCCCCCUCACAAUGCACCAUAUUCCAUAAGUACAAGGACUGCCAUUUGUUAAUUCUCUGUAGGUUUAGACUAGAGUGAGUGGCGGACAGCCUCUCACGGAUGGGUACCUGAGAAGUGAAGCCAGGUUGUGAUGAGGAGAGGAGUCAGAGUUGGUCGACGUGAGCUACUGUACCUCACUAUGCUGUAGGGUAGCGUUAGUCUGUUUUACUUUGUGUUGGUGGUAACGAUAAAGACACAUGUAAAUCCAAAGAUACGUGUAUAACCAGAUGCUACGAGAACUGUGAAGAAGAUACCUGACUGGUACGAGGAUGUUAAGAGAGCGACAACACACCGUGAUCACUCCCUUAAGAAAUUAAUUUUACUCUGGAAUCACCUGCACAAUAAUAUACAUAUCAAUAUAUUAGUUUUAGUAUAAUUAUUAUUACCACUGC